AAUUAUGGACAGACAUCGAGGAGAACGUUGGCAUCGCCACCAACAACCUGAAACCUUGACGUACCGCAAACUGAAAUAUAUGCCGGUGAAUCUGCGCAAAAAGGCGAUCAGAGAGGCGCGCAAUCGAAAUGAGCCUAUAGUCGGUAAACGACGACGUCAUGGAAGACGGAAAACAAACAAAAAAGACGAAGAUUUUGAGCGCUGCGAGCAUAAUGCAAUGUUGGCAGCAACGGCCGAGGAAAUGAAGCAAAUCUUGAAGCAGCCAGAGUGCGCGGAUCUCCUCUCGGAUAUUCCGUACGACGUUACGACAACAGAACUAUUGGGCGAGAUCGCAAUCGCCGAGGGUCGAGCAACAACGAUUUAUGUGGAGCGGGACGGUCUCAGCACACUCACCAUUGUGCUCCAUCAAGAACAGCCCACUAUUGCCAAUUUGAAGCACGCGAUCGGGGAGAUCUCACACGCUCAACACACACGAACACAACGCGAUCGACACGAAGAAAGACUCAGACGUCGUGGAAUAACGAAGACGAAGCAAGCUAUCGACGAGCUCAAGAGUUGUGUACCACAACAGGUUGACUCCAUGCCACCACGAUCGACGGGCGAGUUAGUUUGCUCAUCGCUGCGCAACGGACACGAGCAUCGCGCGCACGUUUCUUGGCGUUUUCUAUGGAGGGCAUUUACGCUCUUCAACGUGGAUACAAAUCAGCCGAUCAAUGAUGAAAACGGGCGCGCAACUUUAACUGAUUUGGGCAUCGAGAACGGAGCCACGCUUAAGUUCGUACAUCGUGUUAAAUAUUUUGGGCGGAAGCGUAAGAAAUAAGCGGCAUUGCAUACCAGUACUACCAAAUGGUCCAAC